AUGCAGUUCCUCGUUGGAAGUGUGAUCUUUGCACUGUUCGUUGCUUGUGUUAAUGUUGAUUCACACGCCACCGGCUAUGGCUACGAAAUGAUCACCGCCCGUUUAGACUCUUUGCAAGGUCUCGAGUCCGAAUUGCUCACCUACACGAACGGUACGGUUGAGCAGUUAGCGAAAAUGGUACAACUGUUAACCCGGCUGCAGGUAAGCCCGGGCCCAUCCAACGCACCUGCUACGCCAGCUGCUGUGGGAGCAUCGUGCAGAAAUGUUCCAUCCCGUGUGUCCGGCAUUUACCGCAUCGAGCCGGAGUAUCCGUUUCACGAGCCGAUGACAGUGUAUUGUGAUCAGCAGUACGAAGGCGGCGGAUGGACCGUCAUCCAGCAGCGUUUCGAUGGUUCGGUAGAUUUCUUUCGCGAUUGGCAGGACUAUAAGCGCGGGUUCGGCACACUGCACGGCGAGUUCUGGUUGGGGCUGGAUCGGAUCCAUCGUCUAACGAACGUUGCACCACACGAGAUGGCUGUUGUGAUGGAAGAUUUUGACGGUGUGAAAGCUGCGGCACGGUACCAAAAGUUUCGCAUCGCUUCGGAAACAUUAAAUUACGCGAUUAUUGAGCUGGGUGCGUGUAACCCUUGCGGUGCUGGUGAUUCGAUGCGUAUUCAUCUGAACGAAAGCUUCUCGACGUACGAUCGUGAUAAGAGCAAGGCGACGUUUAACUGUGCCGUGGCAUUCAAAGGUGGUUGGUGGUUUUACCGGUGUCAUCGGUGCCAUCUUAAUGGAGAGUAUUUGCGCGGUAAGCUAACCCAAGCACAGGACUCACAUGGUCUCAUGUGGAUGGACUUUCGCGGGGAUAAGUACUCACUCAAGGCGACAAAGAUGAUGAUUCGACCCAUAAAGUGA